GUUCAUUGUCAGCUUUCUGACACAGGCUGAUCCAGCCUCGCUGGUCCAGAUUCACGUCUGCUGCCGGUGUGCAUGUGUGGUGUCCCGGCUGGCAAGAUGUCAUCCAUCAAGCGUCUCGUAUAUGCAGUAGUCCAGUUCCUGAGAGAGCAGAGUCAGCAAGAAGCAUGCACACUGGAUGAGCAAGAGAGUCUGGAAGUUGCAGUGCAAUGCCUUGAGACUGUGUUUAAGAUCUCCCCCAAGGAUAAGCAUCUUGCAGUGCCACAAACAUUGGAAGAAAUAUUCUCACAAACAGUUAAGGAUGAUGACCUGACACCUAAUAAGAUCUCUCCAUCGUCACCAUCAGUUGCAGAAAAGGCUGAACAGUUAAAAGAUGAAGGUAAUGCUUUCAUGAAGGAGCAGAACUAUGCCGCAGCUGUAGACUGCUACUCACAGGCUAUAGAACUGGAUCCCAACAAUGCAGUCUAUUACUGUAACAGAGCAGCAGCACAAAGUCAGAGAGGAAAGCACAGUGAAGCCGUAAUGGACUGCGAGAAAGCCAUAUGCAUUGAUCCCAAGUACAGCAAAGCCUAUGGAAGAAUGGGGCGUGCAUUGGUUGCUAUGUCUAGGUACAAAGAAGCUAUUGAAAGCUACCAGAAAGCCCUGGAUCUAGAUCCUGAAAAUGAAUCAUAUAAAAUGAAUUUGAAACUAGCAGAACAGAAGAUGAGGCAGAUCCCAAGCCCUAUCAGCACUGGAUGGGGCUUUGAUAUGGCCAGCCUGAUGAACAACCCUGCAUUUGUGAGCAUGGCAGCCAGCUUGAUGCGGGAUCCCCAAGUACAACAGCUGAUGUCUGGCAUGAUGUCAAAUGCAGCAGUCGGACCCGCUGCGGGUGUUGGUGGAUUAACAGACCUCUCAAGUCUAAUACAGGCGGGGCAGCAGUUUGCUCAGCAGAUCCAGCAGCAGAACCCAGAUCUGAUACAGCAACUGAGGAACCAUGUGCGGAGCAGGUCAUUCAGCGGCACAACAGAGGAGCACUCUUAAGGCAGAGCAGGCACGUCAUCAUUUCCACAUUUGGGCAGCCAGUCAGCUAAAGAGAAGAGAAAGCAAGUGCUGCUCAUGUGUGAGGAGAACGGGACUUACGGUGAGAAGGCCGGAGACUGCAUCCCCUGAAUAACGUUUCAUUGUCACACACAUCCCGAUUGCAGUCUGAGAGGGGAGCUCCUAGAGUGGUACCUGGAGAAGGACUGAGUAAUGGAAACAUCACUCACUGUCUCUCCUACACUCGCUCCCAUACUGCCUUUCAAUAUACACGUUUCUUCCUCA